UCAGUUUAAAAAAAUUUGUAUGUUAGGCUGACUUUAAUCAGAAAAUAACAGUAAAAAGCAAAAAUCUAAAUAAACAUAUUCCACAAUGCCGCUCGAAGUGAUUACCACAGAUCAGUUGAAAUAUCAUCGUCUGGUGGCCAACAAGGAUAGCCAGUCGAGAGAUCGCUGGCAGAAAUGUUUCAGCUGGUAUCCAGGCAGGCAGAACAUCGAGUUUAAUCGCGUCGGUCAGAUCUACUGCGAGAGCCAUCACAUCUACGGCGACGAGGCAUUCGAGAAGUAUGCCCGGCGCCAGCGAUUGAACAAGAAGCAUUGCUACUCUCAUGCCGAUGCGGUGAAGAUUCUGGAAAAGCAAGACGAGCAAAGUCUCGAUGUUAACAGCGAGGCCAAGGUGCCGCCCACCACGAACGCGGAAUAUGGACGUUUUAGGCCCACACGUAUGCACUUUUGCUGAACACGAAUUGGAAUCUAUAUAACACUUUUAAUUCAAUAAAACGCACUUCCUGACAAA